GUUCCACUUUCUGACUACCAGACUCCUCACUCAAGAGUCCUGGACUCCCUUGUUCCUGAGUCCCAGACUCCUUAUUCUUGAGUCCCAGACUCCCCUUCUCAUAGAUGCGAGCUCAAGUUAUCAGCCCUUGGGAAAAACUGCCGUUUUGUGUGUUGAUUUUCAAAUUCUUCGUUACACUCAUCCAGGUCUUACUUCAGCUCCUCUACCUAUCCGAGGCCUACUGGCCCGAGGGCUUUGGCUUGAACCUCUCCGGAACAAUCUGGCCCCUGGCAACCAGCAAUGAGGAAUUAUGAGCCUGGGGUAGGUUCCGUGGCAAACCUCUACUUUGGGGUUAUAACAGCUCUAGUGAGUUUCCUGACGACCCUUUUUAACGGAAUCUCCCUCUUCCACCUCCUCCUCCUCCUCACACGUGACACCUCUAAAGGCAAGAACUCCACCACAAUCCUCUACAUAAACCUGGGUAUCUGUGACCUCCUCCAAGGUCUCGUCUCCUCUCUCUCCGCUCUCACUCUCCUCAACAACAGAGUCCUCCCAGUCUCCUUAGCCUGGUUCUGUCCGAUCAGUGCCUCCUGUGUGGAGAUCCUCCCUGCCAUGGGUCUCUUUAUCACCAUGUACGUGCUAGGUAUCAAGUGUGUUGUGUUCUACAUGCCUCUCCGGUCUAAACAGCUCAUCAGGUACAAGUCCACCCUGGGUAUUGUGGUGUUUGUGUGGGUCUACAAGAUAUUGUACUCCUUUGCAAGGCAGGUUAUGUUCGGGUCGGACUACUGGGCUGAUCUAACAGUUUGUGUGGCUGGGGACUACUUUCAGAGCUACAACUUUAUUUUUAUGGGUGGUCUGACGGUGAAUCUCCCCAUCUUGUUCACUUUGUUGUUUACAGUGGUACUGAUACUGAAGGUGAAACAAAGACAUGCAGACAGGCAGGCUCUAAUGAGAGCAGCAAUGCAGGCGGUCAAGAAGAGUAGAGUGAAAGUUUCCAAGUUGCCUGAUAACUUUGUAGCAGAAGUGUUCAACCCCCUGUCGUCUCAAUCAGAACCAAUAAUCCUGCAGUGCUUCACUCAGUCACAACCAUCUACAGCUACGAUCAAUGUAACUGGGGGUCGAACUAAACACAAGCACAAGAGGAUACGAGCACACAGUGUAGCGUACACCACCCACCCUCUUAUUAACAACCCUUACAAUCUCCCCUCCAUCUGCUCCUCCUCAAACAGCCCCCGAUCUACACCCUCCAACACCAUGGGUCAAUAUGGUAAAUCUAAAUCAUGGAAUAACAUCACCGCUUCCCAAUCUGAGCCGAUAAUGAACACAUCCCAGUUCCCUUACAGACGUAACGCUAGUGUUGAUAGCAAUGCAAGUGGGAUGAGCUCUAAGAUAAGUGGUAGUAUUGCGGAGGAGUCUAAGGUUGAGCUUCAUUUUGAAUCUGUUUCAAGUCUCAAUACUGACGGUGAGCGCUCAGGAUUCUCUUCUACUACAAGUCUAAACCAGACCGGGAUGAACCCUACCAGAUUGUCAGUGACCUCUCUAGAUUUCGGCUCGUCGGAGGAUAUCCAAGCUACAGCCAGCAAAUACAGGAGCUUAAAGAAAUACCUCCAAAAGAAGCAUAGUCUGGUAAGCAUAGCCAGCAUUGCUUCUAGACGACCCUCCCGAGUAAGUGUCGCUAGUAUCAGACCUGACAGAUUCAGCAUGAUCGGUCAGAAGAGACACUCGCUAAUGGAAGGACUCGUUGGCAAGUUCAGCAACACUUCAAGUGUGAACUCAACCUCCCCAUCAUCCGUGAAGAGGAGUUCAGUAACCUUGGUUAGUUUUAUAGACGGUCAAUUCAGUGUAUCUAGUGUCGGAGACAAAAGAAAGCCUCGCCUGGAAACCCGAACAGUUUCAGCAGGGAAUUUACUCCAGCGAUCAGGUAGUAUGAGCUUGCUGAACCAACCUAGGAAGCCAAUGACAAAGCAACAAGUCCGGAGGAUAACAAGAGUAAAAGUAGAGGAGGUACACAGACAGAAGUUGCAACACAUGAGCACCAAUCCAAGCAUCUCCGUAAUGGACGUUUCAGGGAUCACGAUAAGACCCCAACAAGGCAUAGUUACGACAGUUCCAGAUAUCGUCGUGGCACCAACAACACCCACCACCAGUGACGGAACCCUGACCCCUCUGGGAUCCAGGACCUCUUCCCUCACUCCUACAGUACAGAAGCUAACUCUGAAAGUGAUCGGGCCUAGUGUGGUUCAGCAGCUAGACUCCCCCGACAGUCCACCUACCAUCCAGACCACCAUCUUCUCAGCACCCAGCAGCCAGCAGUUCCUGCACGUAGGAGGGCACCAGGUUGCAGGUUUAGCACCGGGAGGUUCAACAUCAGGAGGGUUAGCUCCAGGAGGUCGACAGAGCAGCACUUUGCCACCGCGCAGCCCCGCGCGAGCAUUAGCGAGGGAGCAACGCUUGGCUCGACGGCGGGCGUCCACAAAUGCACAACCUUCACAGCUUUCACCCAACAUAGGAGAACUAUCAAGACAGCACUCGGAUCAGACGGGUCUGAGUAGCAACCAGUCUGUAAAUAGGCAGAACUCAGACUCAUCAGCUAAGAGCUUGAGUCUCAGUGUGGCCAGAGACGGAUACGCCUCAGAUCAAUCGAACUGCUCUGGUUGUUCGAAGAAGGAACUGUCAAACGAGGAAAAUGAUACUGUCCCCAGAUCAGCACCUAUAAGUCAAUCUGUGGAUGUGAUCGCCCUCAAAUACUCAACUUUAAAUGCCCCAACAAAACCAAGUCUACUUUCUAGGCUACGAUUCAAGAGAACGGCCAUGGUAGCUGGAGACAGUUCGGGGACUAUGGACUCUCCUCUGAGACUAAGCAGUAGUGACUUGACAUACGACACGGAAACAGAGAGGGACAUAGAAGCAGCACAGAACUUCAUCAGGACCCAUCAAAAGAAGAACCAGCCCCACAUCAUACCCAUGUGGAACAAGAGACCCGACAGAAGUUCUGUCUCCAAACCUUCUCAAAACAGCACUAAAAAAGGGGCUAAAAGCAAGUUUGAGCAGUCUCCUGAUGGUGAGGGAGGGUUUGAUCCCCUUCUGAGGAGAUACGAGAGGAAAGCUCCUUACUUCAUAGACAGUUCUCAGUAUCCCAACUUGACAAAACGGACAGAUCCUCUGACGGACUUCAACGAGAAGAAGAGGAAAGGGUCGAGAACAGAGCAGACGGUGAGGAAAGACUUUGUGUUGCUGGGUCUGAACCUGGGAGGAGGAUUCAUAAAGAGACACCUGAACAAGUCUCUCCAAAAGAGGAUGGACCUAAGAAAACAGAACUCGAGUGGUAAAAGCCUGAGAGCGCUGAAAACCAGCAUCCUAGUAGCGCUCAACAUCACGAUAUUCUACAGUGUAUUCUUCUACGUAUGGCUGGUUCAGACCCUCCACCGUUACACUGACCUCGACAUGGAGGGGAUGAUAUUCGACCUGAAUGAUAAGAUCCACAUCCUAGGACCGCUCUACAUCAUCUUCCUUCCUACUAUCAGCAGCUUACUGGACCCGGUGAUCUAUUUCUGUAACAAGACGGGGGUUAACCUGCUGAGUGAUAAGCAGGGGAGUAGCAGGAGGGGUAAGCCUAACAAUGUUAACCAGGGGGCGAGACAAAGACGUGUUGGCAGAGUCAAAAUAUAGGGAUAAAUCGUGCUGAGGAGACAAUAGUUAUAAAAUCAACAAGAGUACCAGAUUACUACAGGAUCUUCUGAGGACCUUUGAUAAGAAUAUAUAAUUGUUCAAUAAACUCCAACACUCUUAAUAGAAAUUAUGUCAGAAUGAUAAACUCUUCAGCAGAAAAGUGCGGUAUGUGAUCUUUCUAUCAUGAUGUGUAAGGAAAUGAAGGACUAUCACCACAGGGUAAACGUUUAUUGAAAUAUUAUCAGGACUAUGACAAGAAUGUGUGCUCAUAAGUAGAAAACGCCUGGUCGACUUGGUUUGAAUAUUUAUAAGCUGUCACUUCAGUUAACGUCGCUUCAGCUGUAGUGAUUUAUAAUUAUCGUAAACAAACAAGAAACAAGCGUAAACUAUAUGAUUU